UUUUUUUUAGCAAAGUGAAUAUUAGGUUCAUAAUUAGUGUACGAAAAUUCAUUUAAAAUGGGAAAUCAACUAGUAGGAAUUGCACCAAGUCAAAUAUUUCCUGUUGAACAUUAUUUGACAGAUCACAGUGAUUUGCUGUUUGACAUCAGUCUGGGAAGCACGAGAUUUUUCAAAGUGGCUCGAGCUCGUAGUCAAGAAGGAUUAAUUGUUGUUAAAGUAUUUGCCAUUCAUGAUCCAACUCUGCCUUUGUCUGCUUAUAAAGAUAAAUUAGAGGAAAUUAGAUCGAAAUUAGCUUCCUCUGUUAAUUGCUUAUCAUUCCAGAGGAUGGUACUAACAGAAAAAGCUGGAUUUAUAAUGAGGGAAUAUGUGAAAUAUUCUCUUUACGAUCGGAUUAGUACAAGACCUUUCUUAUCUAGUAUAGAGAAAAAAUGGAUAACUUUCCAGGUCCUUUAUGCUCUCCAUCAAGCACACAAAUUUGGAGUAUGUCACGGAGAUAUUAAAUUAGAGAACAUAAUGAUAACAAGUUGGAACUGGGUUUUAUUAACUGAUUUUGCAAGUUUUAAACCUACAUAUUUACCAGAAGAUAAUCCUGCUGAUUUUUCAUACUUUUUUGACACGUCUAGAAGAAGAACUUGUUACAUAGCACCAGAACGAUUUGUUAAAACACUUUCUUCAGAAGCGAGCAAUACAACACUUUUACUUCCAGAACAAGAAUUAAAAACAGGAGAUCUUAAUCCAAUGAUGGAUAUAUUUGCUGCAGGUUGCGCCCUAAUAGAACUUUAUAACGAAGGUCAUCCGCCAUUUGAUUUUUCUCAGUUAUUAGCAUAUCGUAGCGGUGAAUAUUCAGCGAAUAAACAUCUCGAUAAAAUUGAAGAUAUCGGAGUUAAGGAACUUUUGGCCUCAAUGAUAGAAAAGAAUCCCACAAAAAGAAAAAGUGCAGAAAUUUAUCUUUCACAAGCACGUGGUAAUAUAUUUCCCGAAUAUUUUUACUCAUUUUUACAAUCGUACAUGUUAAUAUUUUCCGCUGCACCAAUUCUCUCGCCUGAUGAAAAAAUUAUUAGACUUAAAAAAGACAUUGAAUAUAUCAUUAACAUAUUAAAGACUGAGGAGGAGGAAAAAAAUGUUGAAAUUAAAAGAGAAAUGAAAAAUGAAGCCAAAAAGGAUGAUGAUCAAAAUAGUAAUAUAGUAGUGAUGGAUAGUGACAGUGAUCAUCAGAAUUUAGAGAUAAACGACGAGUCUAAAUCUUAUCUUGAUUCAAAAUUAGAGAACCAAAGAAGCAUUGAGGGUGAAAAUUGUUUAAAUGAAGAAGAAUUGGAAGGGGAAAAUGAAAAAUUAAAAGAUUCAAGUAAUUACAUGGAAAAUUUGGAAGGAUUAGUUAUUGUUACACAACUUGUAACUUCGUGCAUUAGAGGUUUACAUCAUUCACAAUCAAAAUUACAAAGUUUAGAAAUAUUAUUGGAACUUGCAAAAAAUACAUCGGAUGAGACUAUUUUAGAUCGGAUCUUGCCUUAUAUUUUUCAAUUGGUGCAUGAUCCAGCGUCGAGAGUACGAGUUUCGGCAAUUCACACAUUAACAAAAUGCCUGUAUCUUGUUAAAUCAAUUCCCCCCUCGGACGUAAAUAUAUUUCCAGAAUAUAUUUUACCAGGUUUGGCUCAUCUCACACAGGAUGAAGCAGUGAUUGUGAGGGCUGCUUAUGCCGAAAAUAUUGCACACUUGGCACAUAUUGCUUUGCGAUAUUUAGAAAAUUCACAUGUUUCAAAUUUAGGAAAUAAGGAAGGUCCCAGGCCGAGUUACGACAGUGAACUACAAACCUUACACGAAAUGGUUCAGCAAUCUGUGUCAAUGUUGUUAACGGACCCACAAAAUUUGGUGAAACAAACAUUGAUGGAAAAUGGAAUCAAUAAACUGUGCGUUUUCUUUGGUAAACAAAAAGCGAAUGAUGUUUUACUUAGUCAUGUUAUAACUUUUCUCAAUGACAAAGAAGACAAACAAUUGCGAGGAUCAUUUUUUGAAUGUAUUGUGGGUGUUGCUGCUUAUGUUGGAUGGCACAGUAGUCCAAUUUUAAUGCCUCUCCUUCAGCAAGGAUUAACUGAUCCCGAAGAAUUUGUCACUAGAAAAGCUAUUAAUGCAAUGGCCACUCUUACCGAACUUGGACUUCUUCAUAAAUCGGCGCUCUAUUCACUUUUGUCGGAAACUGUCAUUUAUUUGGUACAUCCAAAUCUUUGGAUAAGGCAUGCGACUGUAGGAUUUAUUUCCGCUGCAGCCAGAACGUUAAAUAUCGUUGAUGUUCAAUGUAAAGUGCAAACAAUAAUUAUGCCGUAUUUAAAACAUCCUAUUAUUCAAAUUGAAAAAGAAAUUUUACUUUUGGAAGCAUUGGUUGGUCCCAUUCCGCGAGUUGUUUAUGACUCAAUAAUCAAAUACAACGAUGUAGAAGAAUUGUUUAGAACUUUUGAACAAAGACAAAUUGCAAGAGCAAAAGCAAUCACCGGAAUUGUUCCUCAUUACAAUGACAUGAGUAAUUCCUUGCGAAAUCUUUUCAGGCGCUUAAGUUCAGAACACAUGACAGAAACAGUUGAGGAUCAACUAAUUGUUAUGAAACCUCAUUUAAUAAAAAUCAACAAAUAUCGCAAUUUAAUGGAGGCGAAACAAGGAGUUUCGAAAUUGGUUGACGGAAAAAUUGAACUUAAUAUUAUGAAAGGAAAAAUAAGUCCUCAUACCGUUAUUCUUUAUCCUGACACAAAAGGCGAUUUAGGAUUGUCGUCAUUUAAAAAAAUCGAUCGCAAAACUACGGACAAUUCUGCUUCCUAUGCAUCAAUGAAUCAAGAAUGGCGAACAAUGUUUUCAACACAAGACAGUGUUCAGCACACAAUUGUGAAGAUUCCGGAAAUGACUGGAAGUACAGGUAGUCCCAGUCAAAGUAUUCAUGGAGGUGAUAUUCAUUUAUCACCACAACAUAGUUUAGCGGACAUAAACAGUAUAAAUGAUCAUUCGCUACAUGAACGAUCUUACAUUCAAUUUGCAACGCUUUAUGGUUUCGCAGACAGGUGCGCUCCUUGUAGAUUGGAAUUGAGACAACUCACCUAUAGAAAACAAGAGCAGUAUGCUGCAGCCCUAAGAGCGCAACAUUGGGCAGAUAAUAUUGCCUGGCAAAAUGGUUCAAGAUUACUUCCUAAUGGAUGGAGACCACGAGGAGCUCUUGUGGCGCAUCUUCACGAACAUAGAGCGGCGAUAAAUCGACUGGUUUCAAUACCGGACACGAGUUUAUUUGGAAGUAGUGCGGCUGAUGGAUGUGUGAGAAUUUGGGAUACAAGCAAAAUGGAAGGAAGAAAUAUAGUCAAUCGAUCCAGGCAAACUUACAUUCAUCGAGGUGGUCCUUUAGUUGGAUUAACAGUUUGCGAACAAGGACAAUCUUUAGCGAGUUCAGCUACUCAAUCGGGAACUGUUUUUGUUCUUCGAAUUGAGCCGAAUUCAAAUAAAAUGUCUGUUACUCAUUCUCGUCAAUUGGACCUUCAGGAGGAAGGCUGCGCUGUUGAUAUUCAAUAUUUGGAUUCUGGUUCACAAUCGGUUCUCGUUUAUGCUUCUCUUUACGGUUCUCUUGUCGGAUGGGAUUUGCGAUGUCCGGGAACUGUUUGGAAAUUGGAAAACGAUUUAAAGCACGGUGUAAUAACGUCCUUUUGUGUGAACAAUUAUCAACAAUGGCUUACACUUGGAACAAGUUCAGGAGUUCACAUUUGUUGGGAUUUGAGGUUUCAACUUCCAAUCAGUAGUAUAAAACAUCCUAUAGGCGCAAGAGUUAGAAAAGUCAUAACUCAUCCAACAGAACAUUCUUGGAUUAUUUCGGCCGUUCAAGGACACAAUGAAAUAUCAAUGUGGAAUUUGGAGACUGGUUUUCGACAAAUGGUUCUUUGGGCUUCGAGUGCACCACCUUUAAGCCAUUCUCCAGGUGGUCACAAUGUUUGUGCUAUGCAUUCGGGAUCUAUAGAUCGAUCAGGAUUUUUAUUAGCCAGCGGCACUGAUAUGAGAUUAAGAUAUUGGAACCUUAAUAAUCCCAGUGAAUCAUACGUUGCUUUGCCAGCUGCGAAUGAUGUUAUACCUCCAAAUUCAUUAGCUUAUGAGCAGAGAUUAAUAGACGGAACAAACGUAGUGCAAGAAGUGUUGGCAGGAGGACUUCCGACUUUACCUUCAUCAGGCGGAAGUGGAAUGAGAGGAAGAGGCACGGAAGAAGGAGGUCAAGGUCCAGAGACACCACCAUCAGGUCAUCACGAUACAAUUUCUGCAGUUGCCAUGUCAAACACUUGUAUUCUCACUGGCAGUACUGAUGGACUUAUUCAAGUUUGGAAGUGAUUUUUUUAUUAUUUCAAUAAUAUUUUCUUUCUUGACUCUUUUAGAAAGAAUACUUACAACGUAACUGAAUGUAUGUAUUCAUUAUUUAUUUCUAUAUUCAUCGACUGUAAAUUCAAGCACUCGAAAGUCUUCCGAAAGAUAUACGUAUGACUUUUAAGUGCUGAACAUCAAAAAUGCUGUGAUUAUUUAUGAAUUGUAAAUAAUAAUAAUAAUAAUAGUAUACCUAAGAUUAUUGACAUAAUUGAACAAGCAAAUUUUCAGGGGAGAAUUUGCAAAGCAAUAAUUUUUCUUUUUAUCAUUUAGAAUCAAUAUUAAUUGCUAUUUAUGAAUAUAAACUGAGUUUAUAAUAAUAUUAACAAAUUUUAAAAGUUGAAUAUUUUAUGAGAACAAACAUCAUUAAGAUCUUUACCAUCAAAUUUUUCGUACGAAUUACGAAUUUAAAAUCUUUAGAUAUUUUCAUUAGAUUCUAUAAAAAACAUUUUUUGUACAGAAUUCUGUAAAAACUUCUAAUAAUUUUUUUUAAUAGAUUAAUUUAAAAAAUUAUUUAACAGUACAAAUUCUUUAAUAGAUUUCCGAAUAGGUAAGGAGAUUUUAAAGACCUUUUUAAGUAGUUUCUUUAAUGAUUCUCAAAUAGAUGCUUUAAAUAAGUAUUAUAAAUUCUUAAUAAAAAUCUUAUAAUAGAGAAUCUAGAUAAAACGAUCUUAUUGGUGAUGUUGGAGUAUAUUUAUAAAUAUAAUAAUUGUUUGUAUUUAUUUUUUCGUUAUUCAACGAUAAUUGGACUGAAAGAAUGUUUUCUUUACAAGAUUGUUUCAAAAGUUACAUUUUAAUCAUGAAUUUAAUUCCUCUAACUAAUUUUGUUAGGACAUCAUUGCUUUACAUUUUCCUUUUUUUUUUUUACUAGCGUGUAAAUAAUCAUUGGUAGAUCGUAGAAUCAUUGCACGAGAGUAUAUAUAAUUACACACAUUUAUGUAAAUUCAUUUACAUUGAAAGAACUGUCACAUGACGACUGAUAAUAAUAUACUCAAGAUUGAGAACAGUAAAUAAUUACAUUCUGUACAAAAUUGUUACAAUAAAUAAUUAUUUUUCAAAAAAAA